AGUUGGAUCCUUCACUUUUUUUUUCUGGUUUACUUAGUCGUCGAUGUACGUUGUGUCAACGUCUCGGCCGUCGACCGCCGUGUUCGGUGCAGCGGUUGGCUUCUUUUGUGGCGGUUCCACCGCCUACACCGUUGUGAACCGUGGGACACUCAUUUCGCUGUUUGUGUGUCGUGCCGGCGGCCUCGGUAUCGACCACGUUCAAGAUAUUCACCUGCCCUGCACCCUCAAGUACAUCUUUGCCGUUCCCAUCGCGGAGCAAACACCUCCGUUCAAGCUGUCGCGCCAUCUUCUUUUCCUCUGCACCAUCAAGCAAGAGGUACUCCUGGUUGCGCUGGAGAAAGCCACGGAGCCGUCGAGAGAGAUGAAUGCCUUUACCAUGACCACCCUCUUCCAAGGUGGGCCGGACGACUGCUUGUAUCAGUACGACCCCGGCGAGGUUGAUCUGUGCUGCUGCUCGACAGCGGCGCUUGACAACUCGCCAUCGUCGUCCCCGACACCACCGCCCUUUGUAGCCUUUGCACUGACGCGCGGUGGACUUUACUUUUUCGACGUGUUUGCUGCUCUGGCCCGCGAAGGGGUGAAGCGCAAGCGCAACAAUCACCUCGCGCGGCUGUUUGCUCCAGAGGUAGUGGCGGAGGUGGUGCACCGUGGAAAGUCCGCCGUCUUUACGCACUGCUAUCUGCACGCGACCGAGUACGACGUGCGGGAUAUCGCGUUCGGCUACCACUCCCCCUCCCCCCCUCUCGCGGCAUCACUCUUCUCACCGUCACAGCGCGUCGUCUUUGGCGGCGCGAAGGCGAGCAGCGCGGGUGUGCCGUUUUACGUCCUCUACGCCGAUGCAUCUGGCAAGAUGCACGUCUCGGAGUACGAGCUGGCAGUGACGGCAGUGGCGGCGGACAGCGACGAGGCGGGUCGGUCAGCUGCGGGAGCGGCCGCACGCCUCCCCGGGCAGCGCUGGGCACCGUCGUCUCCCACUAGCGAACAGGACUCCUCCUUCUACUUCCACGAUCGCCGCCUGCAGCGCCGCGGCUUCCUGCAGUCCAACGUGGACCCGACGGCGCUGCGCAUUGUCGGCAGUCGGCACGGGCUUUUUGUCGCGGGCAAUCAACUUGUGACACUGAUACAGCAGGCGCGGCCGCGCAAGAGCGUGUCCUCGCGCGAGAUCCCCUCACACCGCGGCACGCUGGACAUGAGCUGCGCCACGGUGUCCGUCGAUGCUCGCGACCUCGUCAUCAGCUUCAGCGACGGCGUUCUCGUUCGCGUUGUCGUGCAGCCGAGCGAGCUAGGCGGCGACGAGGCGGAGCUCGACUUCCAGUUUGUGCCGCAGCCGGUUCCGACCAUCCCGACCGGCAUCGUCGCGCUGCGCCACGAUCUUUACCUGCUCUACUCCCGCUUUGAUAGCACCCUCACCGUCCGCCUUGGCGAGAUGACAUGCGAGCGCGUACUGGAGAACUGCGGCCCUGUGCUGGACAUGACAACUCAGCAGAGCGGGCCGCGGUGCAGCGUCGUUGCCUGCGUGGGCGUGCAGCGCAGCGGUGGUGUCAGCGUCCUGCGCACCGCCGUCAUGCAGCGGGAGCAGGGGGCGGUGCCGCUGCAGCACAGUCCCCAACGCAUUCUGUGCGCCGGCGGUCUCCUCUGUGUCUCCUCCGUUGUCGCCAACCGUUUCUUCCGGGUGUCGACGCGCUCCUCCACCGUGGAUGAGCUCCCGACGAGUGCUUUUCCUGCUGUCGUCGCGAGGCAUUCGCUUGUAGAGCUUGGCCAAGACACGGCCCUCGACCAACUCAUCAUGGUGUCGAGCCGCGGCGUGGUGUGGAUGCGGCUGCUGGGGGCGAGUUGCGAGGUGGUGGCGCAGCUGCCGCGCGGCCGUAACGAGUCGGACUACCUCUUUGCCAACGUCCGGUACGGAUUGCUGGUGUUGUGCGACGGGAAAGACGUGACGGUGCACCAUGGCCAAGACCUCGUCUUCUCCCUUCCCUCCGUCAGCGGUGUGGCGGUGUCGGCGCUCUCCCUCCUCAGCUUUCAGUUGCUGUGUGUCGGCGACUGGGACGGCAACGUGGUGCUGUAUGAGUUGCGGCGUCCGCGGCCGGAAGUGGUCGGGCGGCUGCGCCUCGACUCGGUGGCGCGCAGCAUCGUCAGCGUUGCGCCGCACCCCGCAUCGCUGCAGAAGGGCAGUCCAGUGCACCUUGUUUACAUCGGCACCUUGGACGGGCGCCUGUUGGAGACCACCGCCGUUCUCAUGGGCAGCGGCGACGUGCGUCGCUCCAUCUUUGUCGCUCCCCAUCCGCUUGAGCUGCAGGAACUCGGAGGCCACGUGGGGCUGCUGUGCCUCGGCAACGUCCCUUUUGUUGUGCUGUGCAAGCCGGAGGGCGUGCAGCUGACGGGGCUGCACCUGAUGGGGGUGUCCGCCGCGGCCACGCUUGACGCGGACCAGAAGUGCUACGCGCUCUACUCGAAGCAAGACGGCCAGCUGCACAUCGGCGCCCUCGACAGUCUGGAGAAAACGACGCGCACUUUUCUUCCGCUGGGCGACACCGUCACGCAGCUGCACGACGUACCGUGGUGGGGCGGCUGCGCCGUCGCGGUGCGGAAGGUGGAGCGGGACGAAGUUUUGUUUCUCCCCGCGUCGCUGAUCCACAGCCCGUGGGCCACGGACCUCUCCGACUGGCGCGCCGGGGCUGUGCCAUUGCUGGAGAACGAGCGUUGCGUUUUUCUGCAGACGAUGAGUCUCGACGGUGCCGAGGACACAGACGGCGCAGACAAGGGAGGCGACAGAGAGGAAAGCUCUGCACCAGCGAGCGGGGCGAAGAACGAGGAUGAUUGGCAGCGGGUCCUUCUUGUCGGGUCGUCCUUCACGUUCCCCGAUGAGCAGCGCGCGCGGUCGGGACGCAUUACGUGGUUUUCGUUGCGCGAGACCCACCAACGCAAGCGACUUCACAUGAUGGCCAGCAAGGACAUCGGUGGCGCGCUGCAGUGCUGCGCUGUUGUCCCGAACUACAAAGGACGCAUCGCGCUCGGCGUGAACGGGUGUGUCUGCGUCUACAAGUGGAACGCCGAGGACCAGACGUUUGUGGCGGAGGAGCGGUGCCGCCUCGGGCUUACCGUGACGAAGCUCAUCCCACUGUACCACUCGAAACUGGCGACGUCGGUGCUGGUGGCACUGGAUGUGCGGUACAGCGCCUUCUUUGUGGAGGUCGACACACUGCAGGGGAGCCUGAAGGUGCUGUGCCGCGAUGCCAACCUGCGCGGCGUCAUGGACGGCCACGUCGGCUCCGACACGGACAACCUCUGCCUCUUCGACGACAACCUCAACUUUACCGCGCUCCGGGUGACGCAAUUAAAGCCGCCAGAUGACGCCGAGAAGAACGCGAGCGCCGCGCCGCAGUACCGUUUUGAGGUUCGCGCGCAGUGCCACCUCGGCGAUUUGGUGACGUGUGUACGGCCUGGCAGUUUUGCAGCCACCUCGAUGCUCUCGGCUGCCGAGCCGUCGUCGCUAUCGGCUGCCGCACCGAUGAAGCUGCUGCUUCCCGGCAUCGCCGGCCCUCAGCUCGUCUUUGCCACCGUGGGCGGUGCCUUUGGCGUGGUCACGCCCCUGUGCCUGCCCACCUACCUUGUCCUCCACUCGGUUGAGAUGGCCUUGGAGCGAGUCACCGCCGGCUUUGCGGCCGGACUAAGCCACCACACCUUCAAGGAUGUAUUGCAGCCGGGGCAGGAGCGCGGGGUCAGCCUCGUCGCCUCGCAGAACGGCGGCACCCUCGCACGCGAUCGCCUAAAGCGGUACGAGGCCAUCAACACUGUGGACGGUGACUUUGUGGAGAAUUUUUUGCAGCUCUCUUCGACGGAGAAGGCGCAUGUGUGCCGAACGGCCUCGGAGGUGCUAGCGUUUGUGUGGACGGAGCGCGUCAAUGACGGCGGUGAGUUUGUUGCCCAGCCCCCCAGUCAAGAGCAGUGCCGCUUUCCUGACAGCGCAUCGACGAAGCCGCUCGCGCACUACCCACCUGAAAUGCUGGCCAAGCUCAACAACUACCUGCAGUCCAACGACCUGCCCAGUCUCCCGCUCUCUCCCACCACCUUGGAGCAACUGUUGAUGAACUUACAACGCGUGCACUGA